CGGCGCGGAGCCGCUUCUUUGGAUAAGAGGCGCGGGGCCACGGGGAUGGGCAGGUGAACGCGUGAGAGCAGCGGCAGCAGCGGGACGGGGCCGGAUCCUCCCGACGCCACUUUUGGGCUCUUUCCGGGUGUUUUUGAGGCUUUUCUUGGGGGGGUGUUUGGGUUUUUUGCCUUCCCCCCCCCCCAACUUGGCUUUCCCCGGGUCCCCACGGUUCGUUUCCCCCCCCUGCCCCUCCGGGGCCACCGGGCAUGGAGGGGGCGGCUGAAACGCGCCCGACUCCGGGUCCCGGGGCCGCCGGCGGGGCCCCCAUGAGCGGCUGAGAGGAGCCGGGGGCCCCCCCCCCGGCCCGUCCAUGGGCGCGCUGGAGCAGGGCACCGGAGCCCCCCGCCCCGCCGCUCCCAUGCUCAGCUUCGCCAAGGAGGCGCCGGCCCCCCGGGACGCCCCCGCCGCCGCCGCCUCGUACUACGGAGAUGGGGGGGGACCCCCUCCGGAACCGGGAACCCCCCCGCUCCCUUACGGUGCUCCCGGUGGCUUCGGCGGCCGGUUCCUGGGGCCGUGCCCGCCUUACCGAGCACCGCCGCCUCCCGCCGCCGGCCCGGGGGAGGGUUACGGGGGCGCGGAGCUGUACGCGGGAGCCGACGGAGGUUUCGGGGCCGCGGCCCCCUCUUUGUGCCCCCGCUCCGGGCCGCUCUGCGCCCUGCCCGGGUACCGGGCGGCAGGAAAGGUGCAAGUGAUGCUCAACAACUACCAGCUCUGGGCCAAGUUCCACAAGCAUCAGACCGAGAUGAUCAUCACCAAGCAGGGCAGGCGCAUGUUCCCGUUCCUCAGCUUCACCCUCUCAGGGCUCAACCCCGUAGCCCACUACAGCGUCUGCGUGGACGUGGUGCUGAUGGACCAGCAUCACUGGCGCUACCAGGGCGGCAAGUGGGUGCAGUGUGGCAAAGCCGAAGGCAAUAUGCCAGGGAACCGCCUCUACCUGCACCCCGACUCUCCCAACACGGGUGCGCACUGGAUGCGGCAGGAGGUCUCCUUUGGGAAGCUGAAGCUCACCAACAACAAGGGCGCAUCCAACAACGUCGGCCAGAUGAUCGUGCUGCAGUCGCUGCACAAGUACCAGCCGCGGCUGCAUGUGACGGAGGUGCAGGAGGGUGAGGAUGAGGGGUUCCCCUCCCCACACACGCACACCUUCGCCUUCCCAGAGACGCAGUUCAUCGCCGUCACGGCCUACCAGAACGCUGACAUCACGCAGCUGAAGAUCGAUCAUAACCCCUUUGCCAAAGGAUUCCGGGAUAACUUUGACUCGAUGUACACGGCCUCGGAGGGCGACCGCCUCACCCCGUCCCCGUUGGAGGGUCCCGGCUGCCGGCAGCUCCUGCCCGCCCCCCGCUUCCAGCCCUUCCUGCCCGAGCAGUUCCCGUUGCCCCCGGGGCGCCUCUUCAGUGCGGAGCGGGGGGCUCCGCUGCCGCUGCCCCCCAAAGACCCCCCGCGCUGGUACUUCACCCCCCAGCAACCCCCCCCUGCCACGGGCACCCUGGAGUACGGUGGCUACGAAGCGGGAUACGGGGGGGGCAAGCUGGUGUCCUAUGGGGUGAAGUCCUUCACCCUGCCGCCCGCCCCACAUCAACCCCUGCCCUAUUACCCCGAGGGGCCGGCGGGGUUCGGGGUGGCGGGGGGCUGGAGCCCUGGGCAAUACGGCCCCAAGGGCAGCCCCGGGGCUCUGGGCUGGUACCGGGAGCCCCGGGAGGAGAAGGGGAAGGAAGCAGAGGGCUGGCCCCCCGAGCCCCCCGCCCCAGCGGACUCCGUGGACUUGGGGCUGUACGAGUGCAAGCGGCGGCGGGUGUCCCCGUACCCCUCCAGCGCCGAAAGCUCCCCCCCACCCCGCAAUGGGGACCUCUAUGACAAGGACCCGGGUGCCGAUGGUGGCUACUACGGCUUCUACGGCAACUGAGCCACACUUGGGGGGCUCAAAACCCAUCCCCACGGGCACCCCAAAGCCUCAGGACCCAAGGGGUGCAAUGUGUGUGUGUGUCGUUCCCCCCCCCCAGUUCAACAUCAUAUCCUGGGAAGACUUGAGCGUGUUGGGGGGCAGGAUGAAGCCAGACAAUCAAUCAGCCCCCAGUGCCACCCCGGUGGGGCCAUGGGGGCAAGCAAGGAGGGAACAGGGAGGAAGGGGGUGG